AUGGACUCACACCCGGAAGAAGCCCCGUUCCACGCACAAUUGAUGGACGUAGAAUCUCUCCUCGCUCAGCUAGCUCGUCCGCACGCGCUGCGCUCGACAACCACACGGGUGACAACCCGUGCCGGCGAGGUGCUUGUGGAGGAGCGGGAUGCCGAAGGCGUGGUGACUACGACGCGGGUCGGCUCAACCUCGCUGGCGAGCCUCUCGCUCCGGUUUGGCUUUUCGUGGCAUGGUCACAGCGAGCGAUGGGUGGAACAGCAGCAGGAACGCGACGACGAUGGCUGCCUUGAUGAGGCUGGUGCAUGUCGUCGCCUUCUCCGCAUUGUCACGUACAACGUCUGGUUUGCCGAGCGUGAUCAGCUGGCGCGCGCCGAGGUGGCGAUGGGCGAGCUGGAGUGUCUCGACGCAGAUUUGAUAUGCUUGCAAGAGGUGACCCAGCCGUUCUUGGAUCUUCUGCUUGAGCAGGACUUUGUGCGCGAGCAGUAUGUGGUGACGGAUGGUCGCGGCUCGUCGAUAGUGCCGUACGGGGUGGUGAUGCUUGUCAAAGCCGAGGUCGGGUUGCAGAGCCUCGAGUUCAUUCCACUCCCGUCCAACAUGGGCCGGCGCGCGCUGGCAGUCAAGACGGUAGCGCCAGCGGCAUUCGUUGUCACCGCACAUCUCGAGUCCAAGAACUCACCCGAGUAUCGCGCAGCGCAGGCGGCGGCAAUCGCGGCGUACCUUGCCGACGAAGGGUCUUGCGCUGCGAUCCAUGUCUUUGCCGGCGACACCAACGUGAUGGCCAGGUCGGAGGAGAACGCGGCAUUGUGUAGCGCACUCGCACCGCUGGUCGAUACCUACGACGCGGCCGGCGCCACGUUCUCCUCUACCAUCCAUCCGCCCGAGCCGCCUCGUCGCAUCGAUCGCAUCUUCGUCUCGCCAGAGCAUGCCGGUGCCGUCGUCUCCCUCGAACUCGUCGGGGCGGCAGCCGAGCUGGGCUUGACCGCCUCGGAUCACCUCGGCCUGGUCCUUGAUCUCGAGGUGGUGAAUGGAGGGCCAAGUCGCAGCUGAUGUGCACUGAGGUUGUGUGUCGGUGACGAGCUCGGCUGUGUCCCAGAAUGGCCUCGUUCGAAGAGCUCGCAUCGGCGGUGACCUCAGCAGAAAAACUGCCAUUAAAAA